AUGGACGGACAAAGCUGGGUUAACCAGCUUGUGUGCGCCACCGCAGCUUUGGGUGGAGUUGCCUGUGCUGCUGUUUUGGCAAGGCGAGCACAAAGGGUUGCCAAAGCCCGAGGACAUUUGCAGGCGCUCUUGAAUGCUUCAGCAGGGACAGAUGCACGCAUCGUCAUCACUGGUGCGAGCAGCGGAAUUGGCCAAGAGCUUGCGCACCAGAUGCUUAGGCAUCCUUCUGUGACACUGCUCCUGGGGUGCAGAGACAAGAAGAGGACUGAGGAAAAGUUUCGAAAGCAGCAGCAUCGCACCAAGGUGCACCGCUUGGACCUCUUGGACCCAGACUCCGUGCAGGCUUUUGCCGAUGAGGCACAUCUGUUCCUCAAAGAAGGCCAGCCUGGACUUCGGAUGCUGGUAAACAAUGCGGGCGUCAUGCGUCCACCAGCAAGCGGGAAAGGCGAUGUUACUUGGCAGACGAACUUCCUGGGGCCCUUCCUUCUGACGGAGCUGCUUGCGCGGCUUCGUAGCAAGGAGCAAUCCGAACCUGUCAGGGUCGUACAAGUGUCCAGCCGGCUGGAGAAGCGGUCUGAGCUCAAUGCAGAGAUGCUGGAAUCAAUUGGUCGCGGAGAGGUGGGAGACCAUGCGUAUGCAGACUCGAAGCGGGCACUGAUGCUCUGGACAUCCACGCGGGCCCAAAGUUUGGCUUUCAAGGGUGGCCUAUACUGCCACUGUGCCACUCCCGGCAUGGUGGACACGGAGCUCGGCAGGUAUUCGGUCAGUCCCUGGCUCUGGCCGCUGACGAAGCCACUUCGUAUGCUCCUCCUGCGGUCUCCCGCAGAAGGUGCCAUUGCUGUAGCAGCUGCUGGACUUCGUCCGCAGGCCACGACAUGCUUUGGACGUUACAUGGACGGCGAGGCACAAUUGGAAGAUUUGGUGCUGAGCCGAAUGGGUGAGAAGUCUUUGGCGGUGGCUUUGGUGAAGUGGGCCUCCAAGGCCACUGCAUUGGAGCAGCGUGCAGAUGGCUACGACCGCUGA